UACAACGGUUGAGGUUUCGAUCACGGGGUUCUUCUGCAGCUGUUCGUUCGCGGUCACAAAUUUUAACAGACUAUGAAGAUGACAAAAAGUACUCAGAAGUGUUGUUAGAUAAAUACUUAUUCAUGUUUCUGGGUGCCUUCUACACCUUUAUUUUAUUUGUUGUUUUACUUUGCGAAGGGUAUCUUCCAGCCCCCAAAAGUAUUGAUGAUGUUGCCGGCACUACUACUAGUAAGCAAUACAGGUUAUUCACAGAUAAUGAAGAUAACUCCCAAUUUCCUCCACAAUAUUUAAUGAACCGUUUUAGCGAAGAACGCACGAGAAAUGUUUUGAAUGAGUUAAUUAGUAUAGGCCCACGACCGACAGGUAGUUAUGAAAACGAAGUUCUUGCUUUUGAUUUUAUUAAGAGACAACUAGAGUUUAUAAAGAGUCAAGCAGAAAAUGUUCAUGUCUUUAAUAUUGAUGUUCAGAAAACAACAGGGUCAUUUUUUCUGAAAUUUGGUGAUGGAUUUACAUCAUAUUAUAGGAAUGUGAAAAAUGUCAUUGCCAAAAUUGGUCCACACAAUUCCACUGGUAAAAGCCUGCUUGUGAAUUGCCACUUUGAUACUGUGCCAACAAGUCCAGGGGCAAGUGAUGAUAGUGUUAAUUGUGCAACGAUGCUGGAGAUAUUGAUGGUGUUGUCUAAUCAGAACAGAUCACUUCCUCAUAGCAUCGUCUUUUUAUUUAAUGGAGCAGAAGAAAACAUUUUGCAGGGAGCUCAUGGAUUCAUAACACAGCAUAGAUGGGCAAAAGAAAUACAAGCAUUCAUCAAUUUAGAAGCAUGUGGAGCAGGGGGAAGGGAUAUGCUUUUUCAAGCGGGACCGGAGCAUCCCUGGAUAGUUCAGGCCUAUGCUGACGGAGCUAAAUUUCCAUUUGGUUCAAUUAUUGCCCAGGAGGUGUUUCAAAGUGGAGUGGUUCCAGCAGAUACUGACUUCAGAAUUUUCACAGAGUUUGGAGGCAUUCCAGGAUUGGAUUUUGCUUAUGUGCGAAAUGGUUAUGUUUAUCACACAAAAUAUGACAGGCCAGAGUUCAUCAAUGAAGGUUCUAUUCAGAGAACAGGUGAGAAUAUGCUGGGACUAAUUCAUAAUAUUCUCAAGUCACCUCACUUUAAUCACCCAUUGGAGUACAGAAGUAGCAAGCUUGUAUUCUUUGAUGUACUGGGCUUGUUCAUGAUCACCUAUUCUGCAAGUUUGGGUACCAUUAUGAAUGAAAGUAUUGCAAUCUUGACUGUUUUGGAAAUCCUUCUCAAAAUAAGGUUAAGAAUGGACAAAAUAAACACCACUGCAAGCCAGGAAGCAAGCAGACUUUUGAUAGCUAUAAGUAUCACAUUGGCAUCUGCAGUACUUGCUCUGUGUGUUAACCUGGCCAUUGCAGCUGUUCUUGGAGCAGUGGGCUACUCAAUGACAUGGUACAAUAGACCAUACUGGAUUUUAGGAGUCUACUUUUUCCCUGCAGUGUCUUGUCUGAUCUUAGUCCACUGGUUUGUCACUUUGCAGAGACGACAGGCUAAAGGCAGUGACUGGGAAGCAGAGGAGCUUUAUUAUGAUGCUAUACGAGUGAUAUGGGCUGUGAUCAUCUGUUUAAUGACUCGGUUUGAUAUUCACUCCGCCUAUUUACCCACUGUGCUUUUGCUUUUUACUACAACUAUACGUAGCCUAGGGGGUCGACUCUGCAUUUCAGCUAGAACCAAAGGUGCUCAUAUGAAACUUAUAAUGGUACACCUAUCUUCUCAAGCCAUUCCUCUUGUGAUAAUAUUAUAUAACUGCUGGCAAGUCUAUCUGGUAUUUGUUCCAAUUAUGGGACGAACAGGAGCCCAGGUUAACCCAGAUCUCUUCAUUGGUGCAGUAACUGCUAUAGUAGCCUACAUUUGUACAAGCUACAUGUUGACUUUGGUACAUGUGGCACGUUAUGUCUUACAAACUGUCGGGGUUUUAUUUUUGCUGUUCAUAUCAUGUUUGUGUAUUGUAUGCCUUAGCCCACUAGGAUUUCCAUAUUCAGAGGAUGCAACUAGUCCUGCUCCACAAAAGUAUAUUAUUGCUCAUGUGGAGCGAAAUUUUCAUAACAAGUCUGGUGAACUGCUAUUGUCAGAUGGGGGAUUCUGGGUUGUUCCCUUGGACCAUAAUGGACCAUAUUCACUCUUUCCAUUUGUGCCUGAAUUACAGGAUGCAGAACUUGUUGACUGUGUUAUUCAUCCCUACUGUGGCAUGCCUUAUUAUCUACCCUUUGUUUCUAAGUUAAAAAAGUCCUAUUAUUUGAAAGGUUCCAAACCUAAGAUUCAUACUCCUUUUAAAUUGGAAUUGAUUGGAAGGAAAACUCUUAAUCCUGAUCUACGACAGCUUAAGUUCAGAGUAACAGGUCCAACUCAUAUGGCCAUCAUCCUGUGUCCAGUUGAGAAAGUUAUUCUUCUGCGUUGGUCACUCACAUACAGUCUUCCUCAUCCUGGGGUUGUGACCUGGAAAAAACGACCCGUGUACUUCAUAUACUACUCUCAUGGAGAAGCUACAACCCCAUGGGAAUUCUGGAUAGACUUGGAGGUACCUUCAGAUUUUACUUCAGACCAGCCUAUAGUGGAUAUCAUGUUUAAUACCCAUUAUCUUCAUGGAUCAGACAUGAUUGGUGAAGAUCUCCAAAAGCUGUUAAAAAAGAUGCCACCAUGGACCCAUGUUACUGCUUGGACUUCAACACUCCAGAGUUAUAUUUUCUGAACCUCAUCUUGAACUUUAUUACCUAGGUCACUGCUGUGGGAUUUAAAAACUUAUGCCAUUACAACAGAAGCUGCAUAAUAUGACCCUUGUUUUAAAAAUUAGGUUUGAAAAACUAUGUAUUUAAUCAAGCUUCAUUUCUUAACCUCUUUCCACUGACUUGUUUGAUUUAAACAAUAAUUACAAAAUUGGUAUGCAUGUAACCUAAAAUUGAACAAAUUAAUUUAUUAAAAAAGCAGACCAUUGAAAAAAAAAAGAUUUAUAUUUGUACCUCAAUAACAAUGUUUUUUGUAUUCCUCAUAGCUCAUCUUCAUUAUUAAAAAAAUAAUGUUGCACAUGCCCUACAACUUCUGACUUCACUAUAACUUAAUGUGCACUACAGACCCUUUUGUUUUUACAGUUUAGGUUAAAAUUUAAAUAACAUUGUCCAACCACAGUUACAUCUAUGAUCAAAAAAUGGUGGUCCAAUUAGGUACCAAGAAUGAAUUAACAAUAAGCUUAUGUACUGAUAGAUAUUGUUUCUUUAACUGUCCUGCUACAGAAAAAGGCUUUGAAAUGGGCAAGAAAUAUAUUAUUAUUUAUUUGUGGAUUAUUUAUUAUUUUCUUUAUUUAGAUAUGAUCCCAGAUAUAAAUAAUGUAAUAACAGUAUUGGAAUUUUCAAUUUUCGGAGAUAUAAAAUUAAAAAUUAAAGUGUUUUUGUUUUUAUAAAAGUAAUUGUUAUAAGUAUUAGAGUAUAACUCAAGAUCAGGAGAAACACUGUAGGUUAUAUUUCAGGAUUCACAAGGUUAUAAGUAGAGUAGAACAACAACAUUGCAAUCUUCUAGACCAUGUUGAACUACCACUGCUUUUAUUAUUAUCAAAAUGUAGUCAGUUGUUGAGAACAGUGUAUUAUUAUUUCUAAAAGAAAUAUAAUAAACAUGUGAAUAGUUUAGAAAGAUAAAUUAUAAUUAGUGGCUACUAUAGUUUCUGCUUUUGAUUGAAUUAUGGUUAAUUUACUACGUUUUUAUAUUUAUGAGUAAUUUUUAUAAGUUUAAGAUAUAACCCUAGAUGAGAAGAGAGACAGUUAUAUUUCAGGAUUCACAAGGUUAUACAUUGAGUGGAACUAAGUGGUAUUUGUUAGUGUGGUAGAAGUUAAUAAACUCAAUGCUAAACAAUUAUAAUAGAGCAGGUUAAUUCUCCAUAAUUCUUUGUUAAUUCUUUUUUUGAGCAAGUUAAAGGAUUUUUUAGAGAUGUUGCAUUAGGAAUGAAGAACAAAUGCAUGUAUAACUUUUCUCCAAUCUUUUUUGUGUAGUAUUAACUACAUCAAACUACUAAAUUUUGAAAAAUUAGAAAGUUAUGUUUAAUUGAACAAUUUGAAAUGAGCUAUCUUUUGUAUGCAUACUUACCUUUCAAUCACUCUAGAGUUUUCACACAAGCUCAAAAAAAAAAGUGUGGUUUUAAAGUUGAUUCAUUUAUUUUUAUUUUUUCUCCAGGACUUAAAAAAAUGGGGGGAGUGGAUUUUAUGCAUCUAAGUUUUAGGCCUUUUUAACCAUUGUAAUUUAUUCUUUUGAAUCAUUUCUUCACAUUUUCUGCUAUUUUUCAUCUUUUGCAUACCAUCUUUAUUGCCCUUCUUCAUUCAUCCCUUGCACUGAAAAUUACUGUCACACCCGUGAUUUAUUUUUUUUCAAAAUGAGCAUAAACCCACUGUAGGGUAGGGCUACUAUAGUUACUAAUAAUGUCAUUCAAGAUUACAUGACUUUCACACUCCCUGCUCAUUUCCACUGCCCAGUAUUAUAAAAAAGGAAGUCCUUCUCUUCAAAUAUCUCUCAAGCUAUUGUGUUUUUUAAGCUGUAAUUUAACUACAUUUUCUAUCCCACAUGUUUUCGAAAUGUCUUAAAUUUUCUUAAUUAUGAUGUAAAUUUUUAGUUAAGGAUAAUGCAUUCUCAGAAAACAUAUCCUUUUUCUUGUUUAUGAUAUAAAGAAAAAAAUAUUGUUUUGUGGUUAAUACCUCUUUUUUUUGUAUUCACAUUACUCUUGACUAGUUUAGAACAUUUGAUGGGUAGUCAAGAUGAAAACAAUAAUUAAAUGAAAUUCAUGUUAUUAUGCAGAAAAUAGUUGCUGUAGUAAUCACAGAGAUCUUAAUGAAUGUGUUGAAUACUGGAACGUCAUAAUUUUGGGUUAAAAUUACUUUUAGAAUAAAAAAUUUACAUUUUACAAGUAUCAAUAACUAAUGGUAUUAUGUCUUUUUAUCUCAAUAUGGGAUAAUUUAUGAUAUGAAACAGAUUAUGUGGAAUAGCAUCUAAAUGCAAUAGAUUAUGUGUAUUAUCUUUAGUGAAUUGCUGAACUUUUCAGUUCAAUUAUUGUAUAUUACAUCUAGCUGUGCUAAGUUCUGUUAGAUCUGAACAGGGACAGAUAUCAAAACAUUGGGGGAAUAAUUUUUUUAUCUGGAGUUUGGAAGUGUUUCUAAUUACUAUCAGAGUAUUUCUUUGUUGUUUUUUUUCUAUGUGCACUUGUAAUUUUUAUUUUUUUACAGGUUGUGAUGAUAUUUGCUUUUCUGUGAUUUUUUAAAUCCGUAGUCAAGCUUUCAAACACUACCUCAGUUAAUAACGUAUCAAAGAGAAUGUGUUGAAUCACAAUAGAGAUACUAGUUUUCUUUGAUGAUUGUGGGUAGAUAUAUUGACUGGCUGAUCCAAUUUUACUGAAAGUUUCUUUUGCUGUAGUUUGUUAGUUAUGUAUUAAAAAUGAAACAAAAUAUUUGACUUUAUUAAGUUCUGUAAUGCCAUAAAUGUAGAUAUCUAGUCAAAAUGAUUGUGACUAGGUAGCUAUCCUCAUCUAGAUGAAGUUGAACUAAGUCAGUGUUUCAGAACAAAAUAUUAAACUAUUGUAUAAUAUAAAAUUACAGGUCUAAGUCUAUUUUGAUUCAUAAUUCCCUUCUACUAUAACUGUUAUCCCCUUUUUGAAAUUGUUCGAAAUCCAUGCAAUAUGACCAGUAGAAUGUAUUGAAAUCUAAUUUCCUAACAACAAAGUUUUUUUGAUACUGUUGAUUGUGAUUCCCUUUCAUAUAGACUAAAAAGUAUACAAUUAUAGUAAAAUUUUCUUGUGGUACUUCUUCAUCAACAUGUCUUAAAAAAUGGCAACAAGUUCUGUAUUGUAUGACUAUUCACAAAUUGCUUCUUUUAUUCUGAUUCAAAUGAUAUCUUAACCAUUUUAAUAACAUACUCUUUGUUUUCUGCAAAUGCCUUGAUUUACUUUUGCACCAGCCAUUAAUUUUUUAUUUCAUCCCUAAGCUAAAAUUUAUCAGUUUUUCACUUCAUUACUUUUAAAGUAGUAAUUCAUCAAUUUGUGUAGAAAUGUUCAUUGAACAACAAAAUACCAGAAUGGUGCUGUUAGUUACUGUCAUUUACCUGCUAUUGUAGAUGCUGCUAUUAGUGACAUAUUUGUUGUUAUUUAGGCUUUCCAAUUUAAUUCUCGUUUUUUAGUUCUUUAAGAUCACUGUAUAUUUUAUCUCUAUAUCUUAACAGCUGUUAUGGUCAGGAUAGUGUUGCUUCAUAUGGUUAUUAGUCAUAUGAAUUAAAACUUGUUGAAGACUCAUGUACUUGUAAUUACAUCUAUCAUCAUUAACUGUACUCAAUCUGGACAUUACAGUUUUCUAGAUCUUUACCUUCACUAUUAUACAAAUCUUCUUUAUCUUAAAACUGUAUCCCAUUCAAUACCUGAACUUAUGUUGCACUUCUAUUAAAGCUAAAACUAAACCCUUUUAACUAAACUUUUUAACAUUAUCAUUUUGUUUUAUUUUAAACAUGCCUAUCUGUAGUGUCGAUGAAUGCCCAUUUUUAAGGGAACAGUUGGCUGGUUUUGAAUGUGAGUUGUUGAAAUUUAUAUAGAUAUAUUAAAUGGAAAGAAACACAGAAGGGUGCUUGACUUGAUGCUACUUGAAUAUGGUUUACAGGUGAUAAGCUGCAGGAAUAUGGAUUUACCAUUGGAAUAGGAAAAAUACAAAAGUACAUAUAACUGGUUAAACUUUUUUUGUAUUUGUAAGAAAAUUUCCUAAAUAAUGAAAUAAUUUCUUAUUGGCGGCUUUGUAAACAGAACAUUGGAAUCUGAAAUGACUGCAUGUUUAACUGUUCACUUGUAGGUAAUACAUCCUCAAGUGCUAAAGUUAUACAAGAGUGUUGAAUAUUUUUCAUUUUAUUCUAGCUUAUGAUGACAGCUAUAAACUUUCAAUGCAUCCUAGCUGGCCUUAUGAGCUCUGGUACUGGAUGAAAGGCCUCAUCAGCAUUGGAUAUGGCAGAUGUAGUAUUGUUGACAUAUCAUUACAUAUUCUUUGCUUUCACUAAUAAUUUCUUAGAAUUUACUUGCUACUACACUAUAACUGUUUUUGUUGUAUUGUCAUUACCUAAGUAAUAAGAAUCUGCAUAACUUUCUAGUUCAGUGAACUUAUGUCAAAUGAAAAAUACAGGUAGAAUCUAAAUAAGCAUAUGCAAAUCUUUUAGGUUUGUCUUGUUGAAAUUAAAAAACAUAUUUUACACUAUGAUAUGAAAAUAAGUUUUUUUAUGAUGAACUCCAACCAGUGGAGAACACUUAAACCUGUAUGCUGAAAAACUGCUUUUAUUGUGGGUUUUGAAAAUUCACUUUCACAAUAGAUUUCUGAGGUAUGUAUAAAAAAAAAAAGUGCAACUGUGCUGUAAUGUAUCAAAAUGAGAUUACAGGUGAAUAGUCAUCUUUCAUCAAAUAUUUUUCAGUGAAUGUCAUUAAUGUAUUGAGCUGUUUUGAUUUCCAUGAUAUUUAUCAAAACCCUGAGAAAGCUAACUAGUAUAACAGAUCUAAGUGCCAUAUCCAAACAAGCUAUAAAAAUAGGAUGAAACCUGUUGAACCAACCAAAAUUAAUGUAUUAUUUAAGUUACGAUUAAGUUAAGUAGACAAUUUGAGGCUUUAUAAAAACGUGAUAAUUAUUUUAUAAAAAUGUACUAAUUUUGGUACCAGGUAAUAGUUUGUUAAUAAUGCAAAAUCAUCAUAUUCAUAGCCAUAGUAAUGGAAGACAUUGCUGUUUUAAAUAUUAAGUUAAAAUACUAGCUAAAUGUAGAGUAUUAGGAUAGUCAAACUCAAAUUGUUUAGUAUGUAACAUUUUCGCAUUUUUUCGCAGCAAAUUUCACUACUUCGAUGUGCCAAUCCAUUUGAAAUAACAGUUGUCUGUAACUGUGUAAGUUGUAACAUUGUUUAAUGAGUAAAAUUUUUUGAGGUAUCUAGUUUUCUGCAUACUUUAAAAUGUUAUAAUAAAUUUAUUAAUAUAAAUACAGACUCAUAGUUAAAAACAAAAGCUUGUUAAUAAUCAGCUUGAACUAGUCAUUUAUUUCCACUCCAGACUUACGGGCCCGGGAUGACCAGGUGGUUAGGGCGCUCGACUCGUAAUCUGAGGGUCGCGGGUUCGAAUCCCCGUCACAACAAUCAUGUUCGUCCUUUCAGCCGUGGGGGCGUUAUAAGUGUCGGU